AUGUGCACCAACAUAGUUUACGAGUGGCUGAAGGCGCUGCAGCUCCCGCAGUACGCCGAGUCCUUCGUGGAUAACGGCUACGAUGACCUGGAGGUGUGCAAACAGAUCGGGGACCCGGACCUGGACGCCAUCGGAGUGUUGGCGCCCGCGCACCGCCGCCGCAUCCUGGAGGCUGUCCGCCGGCUGCGAGAGCAGGACGCCGCCGCCGCUGGCCUCUACUUCACGCUCGAGCCGCAGUCGCCACCGCCGCCCGUCGCCGCUGUCCCCACCGGCCGCCGGGGGGAGCCGUGCGGCGGCCCUGCCGGCCGCACCCUGGGGCCUCGCGGAGACCCCAGCAGCCAGACGGCUGCCCCCCGCAGCAGGGAGCUGGUGAGCUACCCCAAACUGAAGCUGAAGAUCAUGAUCAGGGAUAAGCUCGUCCGCGACGGCAUCCACCUGAGCAAGCCUCCGUACUCCCGCAAGCGCUUUAUCCAGUCCAGCUUGGUGUCUUUAGGUUUUGGAGAGACAAGAGCCCACAUCCAACCAGGUGUGAACUCUAAACUAGGGCUGAGUACUGACAAGUGCUUGCCUGCCGGGCAUUGGUCCCCCAGCGCUUCUCCUGGCUCUCUGACAUGGUAUUUGCGUCUGCAGGGUUUGAGGAGAAUGAUGGAUACCUACAAUAGUUUCACCUCUCCGUAUCUCUCCCUUUUGAGAAAACCCUUAGUGAAAUAA